AUGACUUCCCAUUCGAUUGCCAUAAUCGGCGGGCUUAACAUGGACAUGAUAUACUCUGUCGACCGCAUUCCAGAUGUGGGUGAAUCAAAAGAUGCAAUUUCACUUGUUCAAUGCCCUGGCGGCAAAGGCGCGAACACAGCCGUGGCUGCCUACAGAGCAAGUCAUACCAACCCAUCUCAGAAGGGAAGAGCUGGCCGACAGGGCGGCAGCAGCACUAGUACUAGCGAUAACAUCCGAGUGUUCAUGAACGGCGCAGUUGGGCGUGAUGCAUUUGGAGCACAGCUUAAGCAGCAACUAGAAAACAACGGCGUCAGCACGGCCGCCGUGCGAGUUCUAGACGGCCAAGUCAGUGGAACAUGCUGCGUUUUCGUUGAGAAGAGAACUGGUGAAAGCAGGAAUAUAGCAUAUCAGGGGGCAAAUCUCCAAUGGACACCACUUGAAGCAAGUUCGGUAUCCUGCUUUGUAGGGGGUGGAAGCGGGGUACCAGAUCUCAUUGUUCUCCAUCUUGGAAUUCCGGCAGACGUUGUGCAAGGUGUGCUGAACACGGCCGCAAAGACAGGAGUGGACACCCUCCUCAACCCCUCUCCCGCUGUUCCUCUGAAUAGCAGUACCUAUAAACACCUCACACAUUUGGUACUCAAUGAGUCAGAGGCAGCCAUGUUAUCUGGAGAAAGUCUUGAGAAAUUUCAAGGCCCCACUGCAUGGCAGAAAGCGGGAUUGUAUUUCAUACGACUUGGUGUCAAGAAUGUGGUUAUCACACUCGGCGCAAAAGGAGCUUUCUAUGCGACACACGAAGGUGAGAUUGGAUACGUGGAGGCAGAGAAAAACAUUACGGUUGUCGAUGCGACAGGAGCAGGCGAUACUUUCGUGGGAGCGUAUGCGGUAGGGUAUGUAACGAGCAAGGUUAAGGGCCAAGGAAAGUGGAACAUCGCGAAAGCAGUCAAACGAGCAUGUAAAGCAUCUGCCAUGACCAUCCAACACUUCGGAGCUCAGGAAUCGAUUCCUUGGUCAGACGAGAUUGACAAAUGA